AUGAUGAGUUUGUGGGACUAUAUGAGGGGGAAUGAAGAGAAUAUUUGUGGGACUUGUGCUGACCAGACUUGGGACUCAUCAAAUACAGGCGUAGGAAGGUCGGGAUGUUACAUCCAUGGCAAACAUAUCCAUGAAAACCUCAAUUACCUCCAAGCUGGUUGCAUAAUCGUAUCCUCUCCCAAUGGAUCUUCUGAUGUGAUCACUCUUAGUGAAUUCAAUAGCACCAUCGACUCACUUGGAGAUUACUGCCCUCUUCAACACCUCCCUCAUUUUCCGUCACGAUUGCAUUCAAGUUCUGCCACCUCGGACAAUCCUUCACACAAUGGGCUCCUUGGCAAAGAAAGCAACUCGAGAAUAGUCAAAAGAGGGUUGACGGCUGCUUCAAGGCUACAACGGUGUCUGCGGGCUGGUGUUUACUCGUGCAGUGUUUCUAGGGUUAGGGUUGUGUGGUGUGACUUGGGGAACACGCUCGGCACAUUACUGGGGCCGACAUGGUUCUGGAGGAUUUUGAGAGCUCUUUUUGAGCGGCAAUUAGAUCUGACUGAUCGGGAACGAGUUGGAGUGGUGAUUGGCAGUGCGGCAGUAUCGGACCGCUUUGUUGGCUUUCCAUAUAGUCUGGUGGCUAAAAUUGUAUCGCAGCAAGAAGUUCAUCGUGAUAAUUUUAUUAAGACUUUUACUAGCCUGUGGAAAGGAUCUGACGAGGUUUCGAUCAAGGAGAUAGCCCACAAUCGAUUUUGGGUUCGAUUUGUUUGUGAUCGGGACCGCCAAAGGGUUCUUGACAUGGAGCCUUGGACGUUUCGUAGGUCAUUGAUUUUAUUGGCUGCGGUGGCUGAGGAGGACUGUAUUCAUACGAUGACGCUUACCCAUGGCACCUUCUGGCUCCAGAUACAUGGGGUCCCAAGUUUCUGUAUGACGGUGGCUGUUGCCAAUGCUAUUGGAUCGACGGUGGGUGAGGUACUACGGGUGGAUAAUAGGGAUGGGCAAGACUGUAUUGGUCGACCCCCCGUCACUUUUCCGGAAUUGGGGGAGAAGAUCAUAGAGUUUCGCUAUGAGUAUCUCCCAGAAUAUUGUUUUGCUUGUGGUUGCUUGGGGCAUCCCACCCAAGACUGCGUGAAGAAACAUGAGGCUCUAAGAGGCAAACUCAACCCUGAGGACCUUGCUAUUUUCACCUCUGCUUUUGAGGGUCUAGAAGGUGUCAUCAAUUUGUGGGGGAAACCGAUUGGGUCGUCGGCAAGGCGCCUUUCCUCUCAACAGCAUGGCUCGUCAUAUACGGAGAGAAAGAAUGGUGGGGAAGGGUCCGGUGGGCACUCUUGGCGUGCGUCUCGUCAUGACUCUGAGGAAGCCAUGGACACGGCCUCCUCUCCUUUUAAACUACGUCAACGGCGAGAGGCUUUCUCAUCCAGCCCGGGGAUAGCUCCCACGACUGGAGGUCGUUCAACAGAUGAUGAUGGGAUAGGGGGUAUCUCCCCUUCUGUUGCUGGCGUGAUAGAUCUCGUUUUGGUGCAGAAUGUCAACCUGGGUGUCAAGGGUACCCCUUCAGCACUUGAUCAGCGGGGCACUGGUACGGUGGCCCCUGUGGCAGGCAUACCUUCUGUUUCAAUGGAUCCCUCUCGGACUGUACAAGCAUCUGCUGCCCCCGUUGGGGGGGACACGAAUGCGGUCAUUGCACAAACUAGUGACCCUUUUAACUUUAUGCCUAUAAUUGAGAAAACAGCACGUAAGGUUACGGGUCGCGGACGUGGGAGGCCAAGGCGGGUGACAGAGCCCAGCGGGUCUGGUAUACAAGGGGUCUCUACGCCUCAUCUAAAAAGAAAGCAUAUGGCAGAUCAUAUGGGGGUGGACGGUAGCGAGCAGGAAGUUAAUGGUGCUCUCGAAAAACGACGGCUAUGUGAUAAUAUGCCUAUUAUACAGGCGGAGGAGACCAGCCUUGAGGGGUCUCCCCGGUCUCAAUGUUAG